AGGUGGAGCUGCAGCUCCGCGGCGCCCACGUGCUGGGCGCGACGCCGGCCCCGAAGCCCGUGCGGGUGGCCUCGGACAUCCUGCGCCCGGUGCGCAUGGACGCCGUGCUGCGCAACACGGGCGAGGGCCCGAUCGAGUUCCACACGACGUCCACGGCCGCGGGCGACGGGGACCCCGGAGGGCACGGCAGCGGCGGCCACAUGUCGCUGACGCGGGCGCAGCUGACGCUCAUCCUCGACGUGCUCGCCGAGAACAUCUGCUACGCCGGGCGCUCCGCCGCCCGCCGCCUGGCGGAGCAGGCGGAGGCGGCCUCCGGGCAGCCCCCCGGGAGCCCUGCCGCCCAGGCGCCGAGGCCGGAGCCUCCGCCGUCGCAGCCGGCCACGCCGAGGGCGGGUGCCGGCACGCCGCCGUCGACGCCGACGCAGCCGCGGCCGGCGGCGGCGUCGCCCGGCGCAGCGGCCGCCGCCUCGCCCGCGCCGCGGCCAGCGCCGCAGCCGACCGCGGCGGGCCUCAGCCCGCUGGCCCGCGGCGGGAGCUGCGGCAGCGCCAGCAGCGCGGGUGCGGCGGCCCCGAGGCCGCCGCCGCCGACUCCGGCGGGUGCUGCGCAGGGGGGUCAGCAGGGCGGUGACGGCGGCGGGCCGCCGGACAAGCCGCCAGGGCGGGGCUUCCGUUUCUCCUGGCGGUGGCCCGGGGAGCUGCUGUUCGACGUGGCCUUCACCGGCGCGACGCCCGUGGGGCGGCUGCGGAUGCGGUGCGGCUCCUUCUCGAUCGACACCUCCGCGGCGCUCUCGAGGUACACGGUGCGGUGCGCGGGGUUCGUGGUGGAGGACCUGCGCACGACCUCGCGCAACGCGACCAGGGCUCUGCUGCAGUGCGCGGAGCAGCCGGACCAGGAGCCGGGCUUCGAGGUGAGGGUGCGCAUACCCGCCGCGGAGGACAGCACGGCGAUCAUCGAGCUGGCCAAGCCGCAGAUGCACAUCCUGCCGCAGCUGGUGAUGGACCUGAUGACCGCGGGCAUCUCGGCAUGGCAGCACUGCACCUUCCGCAACGACCGCCCCAAGCAGGCGCAGCAGGCGCAGCAGGCGCAGCAGGCGCAGCAGGCGCAGCAGGCGCAGCAGGCGCAGCUGCAGCGGCAGCGCGAGGCCUUCGCCGCGGCCGCGCAGCAGACGCAGGCGCUGCCCGAGCAGGAGGCGCCAGGCCGGCCGCCCCGGGACGGCCCGGCCACGGGCAGGCAGCUGCGGGGCACGUGCGUCAAGGUGAGCUUCCUGGACGGUGCCUUCCGCAUCGCGGAAAAGUGGGGGGAGCCCGGCGAGCACUUCGAGUUCGCGGGCAGCCUCUUGCUGUCGUUCCUGCUGCACGCGGAGGGCAUCUCCUUCGAGCGCCUCGACCUCGAGGGUGGCGCCCUGCGGCUGCGCUCCACGGGUAAGGGGCCGACGACCUUGUGCCCCUCCCUGGAGUGGAGCAUACGCGGCGAGCAGCGGCGGGUCGACGACGACACCCGCAUGAAGCGGCAGACCUGGUACACCUUCCGCUCGGUGGUGAUACCGCCCUACUCCAUCCGGAUGUCUGCCAGGGACCACCGGAGGAUUGCCAGGGCGCUGCUGGAGCUGGUGUCGCUGGAGUGCGAGUGCUCGGAGCCGCCCGAGGAGCUGGCCAGCAGGGACCCGCUGGCGCUGGAGCUGAAGGAGAACAAGCUGCAGCUGGACGCCAAGAUUGCGCUGCUGGGCGCCGAGGUGCAGAUCAUGGGAGAGGAGGGUGGCCACGAGUGGCCGGGUAUCAAGGCGCACACGAGCUGCACGAUGUUCGAGGUGGCGCUGGAGACGCUGCAGGGCAGGGCGCCGAAGAUGAACCUGUUCGCCAAGGACCUCGAGCUGGACAUCUGGGCGCACAACCACCGGCUGGGAGCCUGGGAGCCGGUGGUGCCCCAGUGCAGGUGGCAGCUGUCCUACCACAGGCAGCGGGUCCUGCCGAUAGCGGACGAGAACGGCCUCGGCAAUGUGGGAGACAUGAUGGUGAAGACCGACGUCAAGGCCAUGGGCCCGGUCCACGUGGUCAUCACCCCGUCGUUCGUGCACCUGGCCAGGCGCGUGUUCCGCGAGAGCGCCGGCGACGUGGAGUACGGCCACCUGCUGGCGGGCCUCAACAUCUCCGGCGUGGCCUGCAGCGUGGCGGUCGAGGGGGCCGAGGACGACUGCGCGCUGCGGCUCGAGGCGGGCGUGCAGCCCCUGGACGGUCUGCUGAAGGGCAGCGGCCGCCUCGGGCAGGCCGCGCAGCCGCACCUGGUGCUCACGGUCGCCGGCUCGCCCCUCGCGCGGCCGUGCAGGGUGCCCCUGGGCCGGGAGUGCUGCAUCUCGUGGGACACCCAGGCCGUGGGUCCGCUCGUCUGCCGGCUGGUCAUGCCGCAUCCGCCGCGGCACCUGCUGCUCGUCAGCUCGACCGUGUGCGUCUGGAACCGCACUCCCGGGGAGCUGGAGGUGCGCUUCCUGCAGUCCUCUGCCGACGGCGAGAGGCCCGUGCUGCACUCCAGCGCGCCCCGCGCCGUGGACGCCAGGCUCCUCGGCGGCGCCCUGCCCACCAGCGGCAGCGGCGAGGCC